GGGUGGGUGCGUUCGAUGCCGUUGGAUCAUGUCCUAUGUGUCUUCACAAGAUGGAAGGUGUGUGUCUCCGUGUUCCCGGCCUCACACUCCUCUGAAUGGCCAUGCCCACGACUCCCCCGGCUGGAGCCGCCCGCUCCGCGUCCGAGACGGAGACCAGUUCUACAUGCUGGACCAAGAAGAGGUUCAUCCUCUUCUUAUGAGCGAUCGGCGCCCUGUGUCUCACCGCACCAAGCUGCUCCGCCGGACUGUCUCCGUACCUGCCGAUACCAGACCCCACCCUGAAUCAGGUGCAUACACAUACACACAAACACCAACACUGACGCAAUAACACCCUCUCGCUCACUUCUUCACUACAGUAUACAUCUCACAUAGUAAAUAUAUACACAAUCCUCUCACAUUCACCCACUUACACACAUACACACCUAUACUCACAUACACACCUCGUAUAAUGACAUAGUAUCACUUUCUUGCUUUCUUAAAUGCUUUAAACGGAUCCAUCACCCACACAAACACACCUCUGCUAAAGGAAGGCUUUGGGGAAAAAUCAAACAUAUACAAAUUUUUAUUUGCUUCCUUACACAUCUCUUGCAUACACAUGCGUUUGUAGCAUUAGCAGUGUGCAUUUUUCACCACUUACUUUCAUUUGGUGAUGGAACGAGGGAGUGAUAUCUAACACAUUAUCACUUGCUCACGUAGUCUGAAAUGGUUCACGCAUCUAAAAUUAAGUCAUUUCUAAAGCCCCCACCGUUACAUUACGUCAGAACCAAAUCACUUCCCAAUGAAUUACACUGUAACUCAAACCCCUCCUAAUACACGAAAUCAUAAUCAGAACUCUCUUCCUGAUAUCUCAUGUCAUAAAGGUGCAUUACAUCAUAACGCUUC